AUGAACGUUGUAUUGGGAGCAGGAGGAAGCAGGGAGACGGGAGACCAAGGGGACCCCCCACCAUCCCGCGGCACGCCGUACCAAGCAGAGCGCUCAGAGGAGGAAAAGGUUGGCUUGGAAUUAGAUGACGCCCAGGGAAAGAACGAUGGCGUGGUGCGGGGCUAUCGCUACUUCUGCUGCCCUCCCAACCACGGUUUAUUUGUGCGUCCCGCUGUGCUGAUGCCGAUAGCGAGGACGCCAUGCGAGAGCAGCAGUCGCUCGACAGAGCCCUGCUCGACCAGCGCUCCCGUUAGCAGCGCUCGGCGGAAAGUGAAGCGAAGUGCCUCCAGCCGCCGCGCGCGCUCCAAGUCGAGGAAGCGUGAUGGCGCAGGCGCAGAAGGCGGUGCGGAUGGGAUCCCCAUUGGGGAUGGUGAGCACAGUGAAAGUGCCCAAGUGAAAGAUUUUUGUGCCAAGGUGGAGGUUGCUGUCCAGACGGACAACGUGAAUCUCCAGGAUUUGCGUUUGAUGGUUCCAGAGAAAGUGGUGGAAGUGGAAACGGACGAGCGUCGGCAGAUCAUCAAAUACAUCCCCAUCGAAAGAGUGGUGACCGUUGAAAAGCGCGUCCCCUUCGUGAAAGAAGUGGUCAGAACCGUGCCGGUGGACCGAAUCGUCGAGAAGAUUGUGGAAGUUCCAGUUGAGGGCUUCGGAGAGAAAAUUGUGGAAGUGAUUAAGGAGGUACCUGUAGAAAAGGUGGUGGUCAAGGAGGUUGUGAAGGAAGUACCAGUUGAAAGGAUUGUAGAGAAGAUUGUGGAGGUGGAGAAGGAAGUCAUCAAGGAAGUGCCCGUUGAAAAGAUUGUGGAGAAGGUGGUCAUCAAGGAGGUUCCUGUUGACAAAGGGGGGGAGAAGGAAGUCGUCAAAGAAGUUAUCAAGGAGGUACCGGUGGAAAGAAUUGUCGAAAAGAUUGUGGAAGUGGAGAAGGAAGUUAUCAAAGAGGUUCCGGUUGAAAAAAUCGUCGAGAAAGAAGUCACAAAGUUUGUUCCUGUUGACAAAACUCUGGAGAAGGAGGUCAUCAAAGAGGUCAUCAAGGAGGUACCAGUCGAAAGAAUUGUCGAAAAGAUCGUGGAGGUGGAGAAGGAAGUGAUCAAAGAGGUCCCGAUUGAAAAAAUCGUUGAGAAAGAAGUCAUCAAGGAAGUAGCGGUUGAAAAAAAUGUCGAAAAGAUUGUAGAAGUGGAAGUGAUAAAGGAGGUACCGGUGCAGAUUGCCAACGAAGUUAUGAACGAGAUGAUUACAGAUUUUGCAGAAAUGGAGCCAUUUGAAGAGGAGGUGGAAGAUGCGCAGCUGCCAGAGGAGGUUCAUCAGGCCGUGUUGGAAGCCCAAGAGAUCUUGGGCUCCGGGCUGGAAGAUCUGGAAAGCUUCGAAGAGCAGAUCGUGCAGAGACUGCGGACGGAAACUGUGGACCACGAGAGAAAACGCAGCGUGAUACGAGAGAUGGUGAUGGAAGCCCUGACUGCCUGGUUGAAGAAUGCCACGCCGGAGACCAAAAAGGCACUGAUGACCUGGGGACAGGCUCCAGUAGGAUCACUUCCAGCUGCGGCGCAUCGACUGCCGCUUCCGAACAUCGUGCGAACCGUGCGAACCGUGCUUUCAGGUGGGGUGAUUUUGGGCGGGGCGACUCGACCCGAAGUCCCGAAGUCGGAGUCCGGAAAGGCGCUGAAGAGAUGCGCCUUGGAUGAACAAUGGGACCCCACAACUCUGGCGCCGAAGCUCUACCAUCUCACGCUUCAAAGAUCUUCCGCGAUCACGCAUGCCAUCUAUGGCAAUUUCUCCGCACCGAAGGCUCAGGAGAUUGUGUGCGCUCGCUACAAGACGUUGGAACUUUUAAGGCCCGAUGACUCGGGAAAGGUUCAAAGCAUUCUGUCAAUAGAGAUCUUUGGCGUCAUCCGCGCGCUGAAUCCCUUCCGCCUGACAGGGGCCAGCCGGGACUACAUCGUAGUGGCGUCUGACUCUGGUAGGAUCGUCAUCCUAGAGUAUGAUGGUACCAAGAAUAUGUUCGAGAAGGUCCAUCAAGAGACCUUCGGCAAAACGGGCUGCCGCCGCAUCGUGCCCGGACAGUACCUGGCAGUAGAUCCCAAGGGCCGUGCUGUGAUGAUUGGCGCGAUCGAGAAGCAGAAGUUCGUCUACAUUCUGAACCGCGACUCCGCGGCGCGGCUCACCAUCUCUUCUCCUCUGGAGGCGCACAAGAGUUACACCUUAGUCUAUGCCAUGGUGGGCAUGGAUGUGGGCUUUGAGAAUCCAUUGUUCGCCAGCAUCGAAUUGAGCUACGAGGAGGUGGACAAGGAUCCGCACGCCGAGCCGCCCCAAAAGAUGCUGACGUUGUAUGAGAUGGACCUGGGUCUGAACCAUGUCACCCGAAAGUUCGCUGAUGCUGUGGAUCAUAGUGCACAUGCUCUCAUUGCAGUGCCUGGUGGUGUGGACGGUCCCAGUGGGGUCUUGGUUUGCUGCGAGAACUGCUUGGUCUACAAGAAGCAGGGCCAUCCCGAUGUCGUCUGUGCCAUUCCAAGGCGGUUGGAGAUGGCACAGGAGAAAG